AUGACUUCCCCCAAUGGAGCACGUCCCAGGGUUUCCAAGAGCUGUGCCAACUGCCGGGCCAUCAAGCGUCGGUGCGAUAAACAGGUGCCUCAUUGCGGACAGUGUAUUCGCACGCGUGAAGUAUGUGGCGGCUACCGGUCUGAAUGGGAACUUCAUUUCAGAGAUCAGACGGGCCAGACCAUCAAGAAUUCCCUGAAGAAAGAGGCUGAAAAAAAAGCCAAAGCGAACUCCACAUCCCCACCGGCUCGCAGUCCCUCCCCGAAUCUUGACGAUAUCGGGAUCGCCUUUUUUGUGAACAACUUUGUCGCGGGGGGUCAUUCUUCUUCUCGUGGGCAUUUGAAUUAUAUCUCGAAUCUGUACGGCUCUGAUGGCCAGCAUCCGACCUUGGUAGCCAGUAUGGCGGCGGUCGGACUCGUGGCACUGGCAAAUACGGCCCGGCAGCCUGGGAUGGUCAGGAACGCACGAGCAAAAUAUUCCGAGGCGAUCCAACUUGUGAAUGCCGCGUUAGCAUCUCCUGUCGAGUCUCUGAACGAUGAUAUUCUGAUGUCCAUUAUCUCGUUGGGUGUCUUCGAAAACACCUCAAAUUACGCCUCUUGGAGCCAACACGUCCAAGGAGCUGCAGCGCUCGUCGUGGCUCGAGGGAAGCGCCAAUUCACUAAUCCUGCCGCCAUCCUUAUGUUUAAUCAAGUGCGUGCGGAUAUAGUAGUUGCCUGCGUACACAGCAAUCUGCCAUUCCCAGAGGAUAUGCGCGCACUCCAGGAAGAGGCGAUCAAGUACGAGACUGCGUCCGGGGCUUUUUGGCUUCUCGGCGUUUUGGCAUCCCGGCAUGUAGACCUUCUCUAUAAGGUUCGACAACCUACAGCGGAAUUCCACUGGCCUGAACUCUUGCAGGAGGCAACUAUUCUCCAACGGGAUUUCGAAACUCUUUUUGCUUCCCUUGCCAUUCAAGAGCCCUACACCACCAACUUCCAUCCUGGCGGGGAUCCAGAAGUCGUUUACCGUGGCCGAUAUGAUAUCUACCACUCCAGCUGGGCAAUCCGUGUCUGGAACAAUGCACGCAUGCUCCAGAUGAUAACAUGCAACAUCAUCUACUUCAUACUGACCAAAACCCUUACCACAAGUACAGACCCAGUCCUCCGAGCACAUGCGAAAACAGGGCUUCAAGGAACACUCCAAAUCCAAUCCAAGCUGGAGAAUGACAUGCUGGCCACUGUCCCACAGGCCUUGGGGUAUAUCUCCUCCACGUCGCAGCCUAAUUCCACGGUCGAUUUCUCUUCUCCCGCCAGCGUCUCCGGGAGUUAUCUUCUCACUUGGGUUCUUUACACUGUCGGACAAUCGACAGUGGUGAAAAGUGAAACGCGUCGGUGGGUGAUCCGGCGUCUUCAGGAGAUCGGUCGCAAUGCGGGUCUUGCAGUGGCGCUGCAACACUAUGAAGACAUUGUCAAGCUUGAUCAGAUACAAGCCGAGGCAGAGAACAUGUCAAACCCGACAGUGGAGGCUUUGAACAUACAUGACCAAGAACGAAAGAUAUAUGGGGAGCUCUGUGUGUGA